AGAGGCGAUCUACUCCAAUCUUCUUCUCAGCACUCGCAAAUAGUCCGGCCCAUGGCUUGCUCUCAUCUCUCAAAGCCUUUUCCAAGGAUUCUUUAAUUACUGCUAUUCUAACCAUUUUUAUAGAGAUCUACCGACUGCGUGAGAUUCAACACCAAAAACUGCGAAAGGAAACGCUUUGCGUGCGUUUCUCUUUCUGUUUUCUGCGGCGGCAGAUUUGAAAGACAGUAGAGACAUCUAUCUUCCCAAGUUUUAAAAAUUGGAACGAACGCCGAGCGCUUGGCAUUUAAAUUUUGAAUAUAUUCUGAUUGAUGCCACGUUAGAAUGGGAAGAGUUGAAUUUGAAUCCGCACAUAAACUGAUGUUUUUGGGGAUUUCAAUGUUUCGAAUAGUGGUAACGUGCGGCCAGUCGAUUAUCAGCUUUUGUCAGACCUGUCACAAUUUCAACUGCAAGUGUCACUUAAGCCGGGUUGCACAAUUUGGUUAUUCUCGUACUUCGUAUUUUCUCUUUCAAUAUCGGGAUUAUCUAAUAAAUUUAACUAAAAUUCGACACAAGUUUUGUAGGAAACCACUUACAAGGAUUACAGUGAAGAUUUUGUAGUUCAUUGCCACAAACCAUGGAGACAUCGGAGAUUGAUUUUUCUCAGAAGAAACCAAAAGAUAGGUUAGUUGAUAUUCUCGAUCAAAUUGAGGCUCAUGUUGAACAAUUAAGAAAAGACGCUUCUAAACUUGAGGAGGAAAGGGACACGUUAUUAACCACGUUGGAUACCCUGAGAAACAACGAAAUUUUAUGUGAAUUAGCUGAGGCGGAUAAAGAUGAUGUCUUGAGAUAUGCGGAACGUUUGUCAAUGCGUACAUUGACCAUCGAAGUCUUGGUAAAAACUCAGCGGGAUCAAGUACAAGAAGAAGCUUUGCAUCAGGUAAAUGGCUUGAUCGAUGGCUUGAUUAUUGGACUACGAGAUGACCCAUCUGGCACUCGUCGGCGCUGUACGUCGUUCAUGAAUGCAUGUUCUUCGCAUACUUUCGGAGACACAGACAAAAACUUUGAGACAGCUAUUUUAGGCUGUACUCUAGAUGAUCAGAAGCGUAUCAAAAAAAGGCUACAGGGUUUAUUAGACUAUAUCAAUAAGACGCAUUCAGAACUUCAUUUUUCCGAUGAAGAAUACUUUGGUGAAGCAUAAUGUAGUUCAUAAUCUAGUGUCUUAUUGGAGGUAUAGCGUGCGCUGGGUAGCUUCACUGCUAAAACUGAAAAGCAUCACAACCCUUACGUGAUCAUGACUUAGGAUACGAAACUUAAUUUUGUUAGUUUUAGAGAACCCAAACACGUAAUGAAUAAUUGAUUUGGCCUUUUUAAUCACGAAGCUAAGGGGUUUUCUUAUAACGUGAAGAUAGUAAAAAUGCUUGUUUGUUACAUAAUGACAAUAUUUCCUGAGUAAAAUUGAAGCUUUAGUCAAAAGUUAGGUAGCAUGAUAGAUGAAACUUCGUCUAUCCGUUACCAAUUGGUUCUACGUAAUCAUAUGUGGGCUAUCUAAGUUAUUUUCGCCCACCGAUUGAAUGUAACAGAAAGAAUACUUAUCCAAGCAUUUGCUAUUUUCAACAAACUUGAGCUGUGAGAUGGGAAGUUUGAUUGCAUUGACAAGCUUGUAACACAGAGAUUUGAAUUAUUCUAUGAAAUAACAUCACUGUUUGUUUCCCAAAUCUGAAAAGAUAUAUUUUAUUUGGAAAACAAAGAUAUGCAUCUUUAGAUGGAAAAUCUUUUGUCCAACAAGCUCCGAAACAAAUCAAAUUACUUGUUAGUUGUUUAGAGUAUAAUGACUUAUAUUUUUCCAAUCGUUUAUGAGUAAUGUAUCCAAGAAGUUUCUCCAUUGGUAAACGUUCGAUAAAGUUACAGAAAAUACUACAAUAAUUGAUUAUUAUUGAAUGAUUUAUCAUGUCUUAUUGUUGAGUUUUUUUGAAUAAAAUGUGUAAGAGAU